AUGCCGCUUAACUCUGAUCAACCUUCUUCCCCUCGUUGUGAGCCUACAACUGAGAAAGUCAAGGAGAAACUACAUUUUGACCUUGAGAACCCACUUAUUGGAGAUGAAUGGAAAACACGAAUCACAGAUAAGCUUAACUCCAUCAUAGAUGUGUUUGCUACUGAUGAAAUGUCUAAUGGUCACACUAAUGCUGUUAAGCACCAUAUAAGACUAAGUGACGAAACCCCUUUCAAAGAAAGACCCAGACCUAUACACCCAAGUGACAGAGAAGCUGUCAAACAACACUUGAGAGAGCUUUUUGAAGCUGGUAUAAUCAGAGAAUCUGAAAGUCCUUUUGCUUCUCCGAUUGUCUUAGUCAAGAAGAAGAAUGGAAAGAUAAGACUCUGUGUUGACUACAGAAAACUAAAUACACGUACCAUUAAAGAUGCUUAUGCUCUACCUAACAUCGAGGAGACAUUCUCAGCGCUUAGUGGUGCAAAAUGGUUCUCUGUGAUGGACCUAAAAUCUGGUUACUACCAGGUCGAAAUGGCAGAAGAAGACAAGUACAAGACUGCGUUCAUAUGUCCCCUAGGCUUCUGGGAGUUCAACAGAAUGCCCCAAGGCAUAACAAAUGCUCCCUCUACUUUUCAACGCCUGAUGGAAAAGUGCGUUGGGGACUUACAUAUGAACGAAGUGCUUGUGUUCUUGGAUGAUCUUAUAGUCUUCUCUGAGACUCUUGAAGAACAUGAGGCCCGGCUCAUGAGAGUGUUGCAGCGCCUCAAAGACUAUGGUCUCAAGUUAUCACCUGAGAAGUGUCACUUCUUCAAGUCCUCAGUGAAGUAUCUUGGCCAUGUUGUGGAUGCUCAGGGUGUUCACACUGAUCCAGAUAAGAUCUCAGCUUUGAAAACCUGGCCUUGUCCUACAAACAGAGAAGAACUUGAAAAGUUUUUGGGCUUUGCAGGCUAUUACCGGCGCUUCGUUGAAGGUUACUCCAAGAUAGCCAAGCCCUUAAAUGCUCUUAAAGCUGGAUACCAUCAUCCUCGUAAAAGAGGAAAGAUAUACAAAAGACCCUGUCCCAAGGGCCCUGUGAACUCUCGGGUACCUUUUGCUGAUGAGUGGAACACUGAAUGCAACCUUGCCUUUAAAACCCUUAUUGAGAGGUUAACAUCCUCACCAAUCCUUGCAUUCGCAGACCCCAAGCUCUCCUAUGUAUUGCACACCGAUGCUAGCGGAGAGGGUCUUGGUGCUGCUCUUUAUCAAGAACAAGUCGGGAAGCUUAAGGUGAUAGCUUAUGCUAGCCGUGGGCUAUCCAAGAGUGAAAAAAACUACCCAACACACAAGUUGGAAUACUUGGCAUUGAAGUGGGCAGUCUGCGAGAAGUUCAAUGACUAUCUCUAUGGUUCAGAGUUUAUGGUUCUUACUGACAAUAACCCGCUCACUUACGUUCUCACUUCUGCCAAAUUGGAUGCUGCAGGACACCGCUGGUUAGCGGCUUUGUCAACUUACAACUUCAGCAUAAAAUAUCGAGCAGGCCUUGCAAACGCAGACGCCGACGGUUUGUCCAGACGACCUCAUGGUCCACCACAAGAGGAUGAUGCUUUUCUUAGAGAACGAGAAAGAAUCGAAGGUUUCAAAAAACGCAUCUUGAAUGAGGAAGCUGAAGUGGUUUCCAGCGAGGUGGUCUCUGCUCUCUGUCAGCGUCACUGUAUACAUUCAAGUCUGGAUGAGUCUGAGUUUCCCUGUCUGGCUGAAUCCUUGGCCCUGGAUGCCUCAGUUAUACCAGACUGUUUCGCCAAUCCUGGACAAGACACCAUACCUGGCAGGAAAAAGGAAGACUGGUACAGAUCUCAGAGAGAAGAUCCAAUUCUCAACAAGGUCAUUUCUUUUCUUGAAGCAGCACAUAAGCCAAACUUCAAACAUUCGAGCUGUGAGCCGCCUGAGGUCAGACUUCUUCUUAGAGAGUGGAACAAGCUUCUAUUCAAAGAUGGGGUGCUAUAUAGGAAAUGCCUUGAACAUGGUCAGGAAAUCCACCAGCUUGUCAUUCCCCAGCAGUUUAGAGACCGUGCUUUAAAGGGCAUACAUGAAGAAGUUGGCCAUCUAGGUGCUGAACGUGCCCUCAGCCUUGCACGUGCCAGAUUUUAUUGGCCUAAAAUGGCAAAGUCCAUUGAAGAGAAAUGUCAAACAUGUGAAAGGUGCUACAGGAGGAAAGCAACCCCACAAAAAGCAGCACCUAUGCAGAACAUACUUACUACCUAUCCGCUAGAACUGGUGUGCAUGGACUUCCUGUCAAUAGAGCCUGACAGUCGUGAUACAAGAAACGUCCUGGUCAUUACAGAUCACUUCACGAAAUUCGCAAUAGCGAUACCAACCAGAGACCAAAAGGCAAAGACUACUGCCAAGGCACUGUGGGAAAACCUUAUAGCGCCUUAUGGUUUCCCCAGCCGCCUCCACAGCGACCAAGGGAGAGACUUUGAAUCCCACACCAUAAAGGAAUUAUGUUUUCUCAUUGGAGCGGAAAAGGUGCGCACAACACCUUAUCACCCUCAGAGCACGGCGGCGAGGUGGUGGGUCAUGAGGGGGAGCACAUCCAGGUGGGUCCACUCCAACCGCAGCUUUCAGCAUUUUGCGGUGGACUUGCCUGAUCUUGGUCGGGUUGUCCACUGGCACGAUGCGCUGCCUUACAGGGGCAUCAUCAACCACCGGGAUGUCAUGGGAGAUCAGCCUGGAUGGCACCUCACUGACACCUGGAGGAAGGCUCACGACAUUUACUGCAUCGAGUGUGCCAACGACAGUGCGAGCAUACAACACAACGUCGGUCGAGCCUACAUUGAUGACGGGGGUCUGAGCAUCCACAUGUCGACACUGCUGCAGUGCCUGCACAACAGGGGAUGGAGUCCCAGAUACACAGGACUGAGAGAACAACUCCUCACCAUACUGUCCAAAGAGCUCUUGACACUGGGGGUGAAGGGACAGGGCCAUAACGGCCACCCUGAACGCCAUACUGAACACCAGAGACUAAGGGGAGUGAAUGACUGCGGGCCCUCAUCCGAGCAGGAAAGGGACACAAAAAAGUCCACAAGGAGAAAACUGAGAAGCAGGAAGGGUUCAGACCCAGAAAUGGAUCAGAAUGAUCAUGAGGAUGACAUGAGUGAGGAGGAAGAGGAAAGCUAUUGUUUCGAGAGAGUCGUAGGGGUGACAACAAAACCUCCCAUCAUGCAACUUGCAGGAGAUGGACGAUUUAGACAGCCUCCAGCUGAUCUCAACUCUCAGGCCAAUGAAUUCACUCCUCAAGUCCCCAGGAUCUUGCCUGAGGAGGAGCAAUCCGACCUUCCGGUCAAUGUGCAUGAGUCAGUCAUUGAAAUGGAGAAUCAUGCAGAUAACUAUCCUGCAACGUCCCCUGACCAUGUUAUCAUAGACAUCCCUGGGCCUGACAUGCAAAACCCUCCUUCACAACCUGAAGAGCAGACCCCAGAGCUUACAGAGCAGGCACAGGAUAAACCUGAAUCAGAGCAGAGUCGUGAUGUUCAGUCAACACAUGCAGCUUUGUCUGAAAUCAAGAAGAAGAAUGGAAAGAUAAGACUCUGUGUUGACUACAGAAAACUAAAUACACGUACCAUUAAAGAUGCUUAUGCUCUACCUAACAUCGAGGAGACAUUCUCAGCGCUUAGUGGUGCAAAAUGGUUCUCUGUGAUGGACCUAAAAUCUGGUUACUACCAGGUCGAAAUGGCAGAAGAAGACAAGUACAAGACUGCGUUCAUAUGUCCCCUAGGCUUCUGGGAGUUCAACAGAAUGCCCCAAGGCAUAACAAAUGCUCCCUCUACUUUUCAACGCCUGAUGGAAAAGUGCGUUGGGGACUUACAUAUGAACGAAGUGCUUGUGUUCUUGGAUGAUCUUAUAGUCUUCUCUGAGACUCUUGAAGAACAUGAGGCCCGGCUCAUGAGAGUGUUGCAGCGCCUCAAAGACUAUGGUCUCAAGUUAUCACCUGAGAAGUGUCACUUCUUCAAGUCCUCAGUGAAGUAUCUUGGCCAUGUUGUGGAUGCUCAGGGUGUUCACACUGAUCCAGAUAAGAUCUCAGCUUUGAAAACCUGGCCUUGUCCUACAAACAGAGAAGAACUUGAAAAGUUUUUGGGCUUUGCAGGCUAUUACCGGCGCUUCGUUGAAGGUUACUCCAAGAUAGCCAAGCCCUUAAAUGCUCUUAAAGCUGGAUACCAUCAUCCUCGUAAAAGAGGAAAGAUAUACAAAAGACCCUGUCCCAAGGGCCCUGUGAACUCUCGGGUACCUUUUGCUGAUGAGUGGAACACUGAAUGCAACCUUGCCUUUAAAACCCUUAUUGAGAGGUUAACAUCCUCACCAAUCCUUGCAUUCGCAGACCCCAAGCUCUCCUAUGUAUUGCACACCGAUGCUAGCGGAGAGGGUCUUGGUGCUGCUCUUUAUCAAGAACAAGUCGGGAAGCUUAAGGUGAUAGCUUAUGCUAGCCGUGGGCUAUCCAAGAGUGAAAAAAACUACCCAACACACAAGUUGGAAUACUUGGCAUUGAAGUGGGCAGUCUGCGAGAAGUUCAAUGACUAUCUCUAUGGUUCAGAGUUUAUGGUUCUUACUGACAAUAACCCGCUCACUUACGUUCUCACUUCUGCCAAAUUGGAUGCUGCAGGACACCGCUGGUUAGCGGCUUUGUCAACUUACAACUUCAGCAUAAAAUAUCGAGCAGGCCUUGCAAACGCAGACGCCGACGGUUUGUCCAGACGACCUCAUGGUCCACCACAAGAGGAUGAUGCUUUUCUUAGAGAACGAGAAAGAAUCGAAGGUUUCAAAAAACGCAUCUUGAAUGAGGAAGCUGAAGUGGUUUCCAGCGAGGUGGUCUCUGCUCUCUGUCAGCGUCACUGUAUACAUUCAAGUCUGGAUGAGUCUGAGUUUCCCUGUCUGGCUGAAUCCUUGGCCCUGGAUGCCUCAGUUAUACCAGACUGUUUCGCCAAUCCUGGACAAGACACCAUACCUGGCAGGAAAAAGGAAGACUGGUACAGAUCUCAGAGAGAAGAUCCAAUUCUCAACAAGGUCAUUUCUUUUCUUGAAGCAGCACAUAAGCCAAACUUCAAACAUUCGAGCUGUGAGCCGCCUGAGGUCAGACUUCUUCUUAGAGAGUGGAACAAGCUUCUAUUCAAAGAUGGGGUGCUAUAUAGGAAAUGCCUUGAACAUGGUCAGGAAAUCCACCAGCUUGUCAUUCCCCAGCAGUUUAGAGACCGUGCUUUAAAGGGCAUACAUGAAGAAGUUGGCCAUCUAGGUGCUGAACGUGCCCUCAGCCUUGCACGUGCCAGAUUUUAUUGGCCUAAAAUGGCAAAGUCCAUUGAAGAGAAAUGUCAAACAUGUGAAAGGUGCUACAGGAGGAAAGCAACCCCACAAAAAGCAGCACCUAUGCAGAACAUACUUACUACCUAUCCGCUAGAACUGGUGUGCAUGGACUUCCUGUCAAUAGAGCCUGACAGUCGUGAUACAAGAAACGUCCUGGUCAUUACAGAUCACUUCACGAAAUUCGCAAUAGCGAUACCAACCAGAGACCAAAAGGCAAAGACUACUGCCAAGGCACUGUGGGAAAACCUUAUAGCGCCUUAUGGUUUCCCCAGCCGCCUCCACAGCGACCAAGGGAGAGACUUUGAAUCCCACACCAUAAAGGAAUUAUGUUUUCUCAUUGGAGCGGAAAAGGUGCGCACAACACCUUAUCACCCUCAAGGGAACCCUGUUGAACGAUUCAAUCGCACACUCUUGAGUAUGCUUGGAACCCUGGAGGAGAAAGAUAAACAUCAUUGGAGAGAUUUUGUGAAGCCACUUGUACAUGCGUACAAUUGCACACGAAAUGACACUACUGGUUACUCACCGUACGAACUAAUGUUCGGAAGACAGCCUACAUUGCCAGUCGACUUUGUCCUGGGAACCAGCCCUGCUGCAGGAUCUUGUACUACUCACUCAGAGUAUGUAAACCAACUGCGCCAGCGUCUGCAGGAAAGCUACGCAGUGGCUGCUGACAAUAGUCGCAAGAGAGGAGAACAAAACAAAGCCAGAUUUGAUGCCAAAAUCAGGGCAGCUGAACUAGUCACAGGAGACAGAGUGUUGGUGCGAAAUGUCAACAUUCGCGGAAAGCAUAAACUGGCAGACAGAUGGGAGCGCACAAUCCAUGUUGUGGUGAAGAGAAUCAAUGAGGGACCAGUCUAUGUAGUUAAGCCUGAGAGAGGCAGUGGUCCACACCGAACACUACAUAGAAAUCUUCUUCUUCCCUGUGGUUUUCUACCCGUGGAUGCAGCUCCGGAAAAGGAAAGGGACACAAAAAAGUCCACAAGGAGAAAACUGAGAAGCAGGAAGGGUUCAGACCCAGAAAUGGAUCAGAAUGAUCAUGAGGAUGACAUGAGUGAGGAGGAAGAGGAAAGCUAUUGUUUCGAGAGAGUCGUAGGGGUGACAACAAAACCUCCCAUCAUGCAACUUGCAGGAGAUGGACGAUUUAGACAGCCUCCAGCUGAUCUCAACUCUCAGGCCAAUGAAUUCACUCCUCAAGUCCCCAGGAUCUUGCCUGAGGAGGAGCAAUCCGACCUUCCGGUCAAUGUGCAUGAGUCAGUCAUUGAAAUGGAGAAUCAUGCAGAUAACUAUCCUGCAACGUCCCCUGACCAUGUUAUCAUAGACAUCCCUGGGCCUGACAUGCAAAACCCUCCUUCACAACCUGAAGAGCAGACCCCAGAGCUUACAGAGCAGGCACAGGAUAAACCUGAAUCAGAGCAGAGUCGUGAUGUUCAGUCAACACAUGCAGCUUUGUCUGAAAUCAAGAAGAAGAAUGGAAAGAUAAGACUCUGUGUUGACUACAGAAAACUAAAUACACGUACCAUUAAAGAUGCUUAUGCUCUACCUAACAUCGAGGAGACAUUCUCAGCGCUUAGUGGUGCAAAAUGGUUCUCUGUGAUGGACCUAAAAUCUGGUUACUACCAGGUCGAAAUGGCAGAAGAAGACAAGUACAAGACUGCGUUCAUAUGUCCCCUAGGCUUCUGGGAGUUCAACAGAAUGCCCCAAGGCAUAACAAAUGCUCCCUCUACUUUUCAACGCCUGAUGGAAAAGUGCGUUGGGGACUUACAUAUGAACGAAGUGCUUGUGUUCUUGGAUGAUCUUAUAGUCUUCUCUGAGACUCUUGAAGAACAUGAGGCCCGGCUCAUGAGAGUGUUGCAGCGCCUCAAAGACUAUGGUCUCAAGUUAUCACCUGAGAAGUGUCACUUCUUCAAGUCCUCAGUGAAGUAUCUUGGCCAUGUUGUGGAUGCUCAGGGUGUUCACACUGAUCCAGAUAAGAUCUCAGCUUUGAAAACCUGGCCUUGUCCUACAAACAGAGAAGAACUUGAAAAGUUUUUGGGCUUUGCAGGCUAUUACCGGCGCUUCGUUGAAGGUUACUCCAAGAUAGCCAAGCCCUUAAAUGCUCUUAAAGCUGGAUACCAUCAUCCUCGUAAAAGAGGAAAGAUAUACAAAAGACCCUGUCCCAAGGGCCCUGUGAACUCUCGGGUACCUUUUGCUGAUGAGUGGAACACUGAAUGCAACCUUGCCUUUAAAACCCUUAUUGAGAGGUUAACAUCCUCACCAAUCCUUGCAUUCGCAGACCCCAAGCUCUCCUAUGUAUUGCACACCGAUGCUAGCGGAGAGGGUCUUGGUGCUGCUCUUUAUCAAGAACAAGUCGGGAAGCUUAAGGUGAUAGCUUAUGCUAGCCGUGGGCUAUCCAAGAGUGAAAAAAACUACCCAACACACAAGUUGGAAUACUUGGCAUUGAAGUGGGCAGUCUGCGAGAAGUUCAAUGACUAUCUCUAUGGUUCAGAGUUUAUGGUUCUUACUGACAAUAACCCGCUCACUUACGUUCUCACUUCUGCCAAAUUGGAUGCUGCAGGACACCGCUGGUUAGCGGCUUUGUCAACUUACAACUUCAGCAUAAAAUAUCGAGCAGGCCUUGCAAACGCAGACGCCGACGCUCCGGAAAAGGAAAGGGACACAAAAAAGUCCACAAGGAGAAAACUGAGAAGCAGGAAGGGUUCAGACCCAGAAAUGGAUCAGAAUGAUCAUGAGGAUGACAUGAGUGAGGAGGAAGAGGAAAGCUAUUGUUUCGAGAGAGUCGUAGGGGUGACAACAAAACCUCCCAUCAUGCAACUUGCAGGAGAUGGACGAUUUAGACAGCCUCCAGCUGAUCUCAACUCUCAGGCCAAUGAAUUCACUCCUCAAGUCCCCAGGAUCUUGCCUGAGGAGGAGCAAUCCGACCUUCCGGUCAAUGUGCAUGAGUCAGUCAUUGAAAUGGAGAAUCAUGCAGAUAACUAUCCUGCAACGUCCCCUGACCAUGUUAUCAUAGACAUCCCUGGGCCUGACAUGCAAAACCCUCCUUCACAACCUGAAGAGCAGACCCCAGAGCUUACAGAGCAGGCACAGGAUAAACCUGAAUCAGAGCAGAGUCGUGAUGUUCAGUCAACACAUGCAGCUUUGUCUGAAA